AUGUAUUGUAUUCAUUAAUCGAAGAAUGGAUAAUAAGGGGAGAGAAUUAAAUCUAUAGUGAUUGUGGUUCUGUACGGCUUUUUGGGGCAUAUAAUGCCUUUGCUAAAGGUACAUCAGCUACUAAGUUAUUUUAAUUACCACCUCAUCAUACAGUAUAGCUUACACUGGAAUUUUGGAAGUAAGAAUUACUUUAAACAAUUUUAGACUAGACACCUGGAAUGGAGAAAGUUUUUUCAUUUAUUUAGAUUAAAUCUUAGGUUUCUAUGAAGCUAAUUAAUUAUGCGGAUGGUCAUAUGGGGAUAUUACAGUUUAGAUAAGCAUUACAUAACCCCAUAACUUUUAAUCUCUCUUUAUUUUAACGAUAUCUAAUUUAGAUUAAGGUCCGACAAAUGUACUCAAUAUAUAAUGAUAUAAAUUUAGGAAUUAUGGGGAAUCCGUAAUUUUAAAUUAUAUAUAUUUCCAUGCCCUUCUGGAUGCUUAACCUGCAUUUCAUCAGACUCCAGAGAAGAUUGCAUAUUUUGGAAUCUUAUUGAAAAUAGUCUAAACAAUAUUGAUUUUGAUAGCUUUAACUUUGAUGGAUGGACAAUAGAUAGAGGAUAUAAAUCUACUAGUAACUGUUUAUGUAAUUAUAUUAAUACAAACUAAAGCUAUUCCAUUACUUGGAGGUUUUAAAUACACUGGAGAAAGUAGUUACUUAUUCAAAACAAUAAAUUUACCAACUCAUAGUUAAGUUAAGAUUUAAUUCAGAUUUAUGAUCUUAGAUAAAUGGAAUUCUAAACAAGCAUAUUUAUCAGUUGAUAAUACAUUGAGAUGGACAAAAACAUUUAAUUACAAUAAUAGAAAAAUAUCGAAUAUAUGCGGUGACAUUUAUGAUGAUAUACCAUUUAAUGAUCAAUUUACAAUUGCCCAUACAGAAUCAUCAAUAACAUUACUAUUUAAUACUAAUUUAAAUUAAGAUAUGUAAAAUUGGAAUUAGAGACAUACAAAUAUUUAUAGGUAAAUAUAUUUGUUCGUAUUUUAGAUUGUCUUUUUGGUUCUUCUUUUAAUCAAGCAUGCGGAUUGAUUUGUGGAAAUGGAAUUCUAGAGUAAAAUGA